AUGAGCUUCGGAUAUGGUGUCGGGGACUUCCUCGCUGUAGUGAAUCUCGCUAAGACCAUCAAGGAACGCUUUGUCAAUGCACCUGAACAAUUCAAACAAAUUUCAGAAGCCUCAAAAACCUUGUGCAAUGUCCUCCGUGAUAUCGAAAAUACCUACCAACAAGCGGGGCUUAAUACCAAGCAGAAAAAGCAUUUAGACGAUGUUUAUAGAUCUUGCUAUCACGACUUGAAUGAACUGCUCCGCAGAUUAGACAAAUACCAGGAGUUGAACUUUGGUACUAACAGCUUAGGUGGUGCAUAUCGCCAUUUUUGGAAGAGACUCAAAUGGGACCAAGCUAGAAUGGCUGAAAUGCAUCAGAGAAUACAUUCGGAUAUUCAUGUCUUCAGUCUCUUGAGUACUAGUCUGACCAGGUAUGCUCGGAAACACCCCAGGAAGGCGAAUGCUCAUGUUUUCCGGAAUAGUCAGGUAGCCUUUGCAACGAAAGAGCUCGUUGACCAAAUCAACAACACCAUGGAAGAUAAAGCCUGUCAUGAGAUCCUUGAAUGGCUUACAACAGUAAAUUAUGCAACUCAGCAAGAAGACUUUCUCAAACGUCGCCAGGACGGUACCGGUAAGUGGUUACUAGGCACAGACAAGUUUCAGCAGUGGAUCAACAACGAAAACAAAAAUAUCCUGUGCACGGGCAUACCUGGAGCCGGGAAAACAAUACUUACUGCUAUUGUCAUUGAAAAUCUUGAAGAGAAGUGUCAAUAUGAUCGAAGUGUUGGUCUCGCCUACAUAUACUGCAACUUUCGGCGCCAUAAUGAGCAGAGUGUGGACGAUGUACUUGCGAGUCUGAUAAAGCAAUUGUGUCAAAGAAUGUUGUCCCUUCCUGAGGAUAUAAAGUCUCUAUAUGCACAACACAAGAAACGACAAACUCGGCCGAAACUCGACGAACUUUCUGAGAGCCUAUCCGUUUUGCUUGGUCACUUCUCGAGGAUCUUCAUAGUGGUAGACGCCCUUGAUGAAUAUUCAUCUAGGGAUGAAGCGCUACGCAGGUUGUUAUCGGAAUUGUUUCGUCUGCAGAGCAACAGCACAGUUAGCAUAUUUGCUACGUCACGACACAGCCCGGCCAUCCAAUCGGCAUUCGAAGGUUGUUUACAGCAAGAAAUCUCUGCUGCCGCUGAAGAUGUAAGGGCAUAUCUGGAAGGUCACAUAUCUCAGCUGUCAAGAGUCGUGCUACGCAACGAUGAGCUACAGAAGGAAAUAGUCAACGCAAUUACGAAAACGGUGAAUGGAAUGUUUCUUCUUGCUCAACUCCACCUCGACUCAUUGGAAGGAAAGCUCUCGGUAACGGCGAUUCGGAGAGCACUCAAGCAAUUGCCAUCCGGAACUGACGCCUACAAUAUUGCAUAUGAGGAAGCCAUGGAACGGAUAAAUGGGAAGACGGCUGGAGAGAAGGAGUUGGCAUUUCAAAUUAUUGCAUGGAUUACCUGCGCUCGAAAACCCCUGAAAAUCACAGAGCUCCAACAUGGCCUUGCUGUUGAGAUCGAAGAGACCGAAUUCGAUACAGAAAACCUUCCCGAUGUGCAAGACAUGGAAGCUGCCUGUGCUGGCUUGGUGACUGUGGACGAAAAGAGUCAUAUCAUCCGCUUGGUCCACCAUACCGCACAGGAGUAUUUCGAGAGAACCCAGACCCAGUGGUUUCCCCGAGCGCACUAUGACAUGGCAAAAGUCUGCAUGGCAUAUUUAUUGUAUUGCCUUCAGUCAGGAGCAGGCUUACGCACAGCCGGUUAUCCCUUUGCCCGCUACUCUCGUCACUAUUGGGCACAUCAUUUUGCGCGCGCCCUUGCAAAACCAGGACUGGCACGCGGCCUCCUGCUGGACAAGAAGAAGGUCGUGCUUUGCGCACAAGAUCUCGUUACUCACUUGGGAAUUAGGAAAGCAUUUCAACUGGCUGUGCAAGUGCCAGAAUUGGUGACAGAAGCCCAUCUGGCGGCAUUCUUUGGGUCGGAAAAUGCGCUGAGGGAGUUGCUAGAAGCCGGGUAUGCCUUGAAUUCCCUUGAUGCUACAAACAGAUCUCCAUUAUCAUGGGCGGCAGAGAAUGGCCAUGAGGAAGCAACCAGGUUUUUGAUCAAACAAGGACUCGUUAUAGAUCACAAAGACCGGUGGGGGCUUACUCCACUUGCGCUAGCAGCAAACAAGGGCAAUCCUGAGGUUAUGAGCUUACUCUUGAGCAAUGGAGCCAGUCCAGACUUGAAGGGAAACGCUGGCCGAACCCCUUUAAUGCUAGGUUGUCAAAAAGGCCAUGACUAUGUCAUGGAUGGCGAUACGAUGCUAUGGGCCGCAAUUGAUUCUCAAAAGAAGGUAGUCGAACUUUUGCUCGAAGCAAAUUGUGACCCUAAUUUAAAAGAUGAACGUGGCUGGACCGCGCUCCACUACGCCGCUCGUUACAGCCACUCCGAAGUUAUUAAGCUAUUACUGGCCAAGGGGGCUGAUCGUCUUAGUACAGAUAAUGCAGGUCAGACAGCACUUUUCAACGCAGCUAGAUACGGGAAUGGGUUUGUUGUCGACCUAUUGCUCAAACAAGGGUUCGAUCCAAACCACAUGGAUGCUUCCGGCAUGACUCCGUUGUUGCUCGCUUUGGAGCACAAAUGCUAUAGAACUGCUAUGGCAUUAAUACACAUUGGGAUUUGUGCGGACGUGAGAAGUAGACGUCGGGGCAUAACACCAUUGAUUUGCGCGAUCCAGGAAGACCAUAACAGGAUAGCCAGGUGCCUAUUAGACUGUGGUGCUGACCCUAACCUCACUGAUCAAAAACUCGGUCGACCUCCAUUGGUAUGGGCAGCGAGGAGAGGUAAUUAUUCGAUGGUGGAAGCAUUGUUGAGCAGGGGGGUUGACGCAGACAGCCAGGACCGCAACGGUUGGACGGCUCUGUUGGUUGCUAUAGCGUUGGAUCGCAAAGAGACUGGAGACGAAGCCCUAGUUAAGCAAAUCCUUGAGUCUGGGGGCUACCCAGAAGCUCACAGUUUCCACGUCAUGAGCCCUGUGACGCGGCCCACACGCCGUGGUUACGAGGGCAUUGUGAGACUACUUUUGCAGUACAAGGCGAACCCGGACGCGGCAAACAGGCAAGGAUGGACGCCGUUGAUGGCCGCAGCAGCAGCAGGACGCGGAAGUACAGUUCGAUUACUGCUCGAUACGGGAAGGGUAAACCCCAAGCGUCGGGAUAAGUACGGCCGCGAUGCUGCCCUCCACGCGCGAAGACAUGGGCACAACCAAAUCGCGCUACUUCUCUCGCGUCAAAUGGAUGAGACCAACAUGACCAUCAAUGAAGUUGUCUGCACCGCAGGCCAGCCGGAAAACGCUCCUCUUAUUGUUUGUCGUGCAACAGGAACACAAGAAUCGGGGAAGUCGCCUGUCAGUUUGUAG